GCUCCUGUGAUCGGUGGGCAGUAUAUAUAUUGGAGCAAAGGCAAUGUUUCACAACAUGAUGUAAUAUAAUAAUAAACUUAUUCUUUGGAUUCGAUCUCAAGUGCUAUCGAAAAUAUCGUUUUCACUAUCGAUAUAUGUUUCAUCGAUGGUUUACAAUCUGCUUAAACGCACACACAUAUGUAUAUACAUAUAUUAAGCUGCUUUGGCUCAUCACUUGGAUGGGAUGAGGUCGUGCAAUCGUUGACAGAUUUUUCGUAAGCCCAUCAUUGUUUUCAUCUAUUUAAAGUGUAUUGUGCGAUCACGCAAAAAACAGCACAUGAUGUAAACAUAUCACAAUAGAUUUAUAGCGAAAGAGGUGUUCAAAGUAUUUAUAUAACUUAUAAUUCUGACAACUGAUUAUGUAUAUUGUUAUUAAACUCAUACAAUAUUUAGUAUGUAUGUAUUAAUAUCACUAAUCUACAGAAGAAGAUUUGGAUUUAAAUAUUGGAAGAUGUUCAACGUAUCAAUGUGUCUGUAAUUUAAGUUUUGAUCAAAUCAUAUAUAAUAUCCACAGAUAAGAUUUUUAAAACUUUUAAAAUAUAUAUCAUAAAGAAUGGCAGGAAGUGGGUCCAUUAUAAUGCCAUCUAUAAAACAACUGCAGGAGAAAGAUCAUGCAUCUAUUUCUAACAUAGAUUAUUCUAGUAUUAGAGGAAAAAGUGUUUUGGUUAGUCCAUCUGAAGAUCAGUAUGAAUUACUACUUAGACGUUUAAAAGAAAGAAUUCAGGGUGGUGGAAGUGAAACAAUUUUUGAUAUCGGUAUUGGUGAAGAUGGUUCAGAAGAUGGUUUAAAAGAAGACGAAUACGAAGCAUCAGUUGCUACUCUUCAGUCUCUUGCUGCAACAUUAGAAGCCGACUGUGUACUUCUUCGUCAGAGCAAAGUAGAUCAAGGUCUUAUAGGACAGUAUUUAGUGCGAAGGCGUUUAGACACACAAGAUUUCUUAGAAAUUAGGGUGGCGGUUGUUGGUAACGUUGAUGCCGGAAAAUCAACCCUUCUAGGUGUGUUAACACAUGGGGAACUUGAUAAUGGUCGAGGUUUAGCACGUCAGAAAUUAUUUCGUCACAAGCAUGAAGCUGAAACUGGACGUACUAGUUCAGUUGGGAAUGAUAUUCUUGGAUUUGAUAGCGUUGGUAAUGUAGUAAAUAAGCCUGAGCAUGGUUCUCUGGAUUGGGUUAAAAUAUGUGAGAAGUCAUCAAAAGUUAUUACAUUCAUUGAUCUUGCUGGACAUGAAAGAUACUUAAAAACAACUGUUUUUGGAAUGACAGGGCAUGCUCCUGAUUUUGGUAUGUUAAUGGUUGGAGCAAAUGCAGGCAUUGUUGGAAUGACAAAAGAACACCUUGGCUUAGCUUUAGCUUUAUCAGUUCCAGUAUUUGUUGUAGUUACGAAAAUUGAUAUGUGCCCACCGAAUAUAUUACAAGAAAAUUUAAGGCUGUUGAUAAGAAUCUUGAAAUCUCCAGGCUGUAGGAAAGUACCAGUUACAGUGAAAACACCAGAUGAUGUUGUUGUUAGUGCUACUAAUUUUGUAUCUGAACGGUUAUGUCCUAUUUUUCAAGUAUCAAACGUAUCAGGUGAAAAUUUAAACCUUCUUAAAAUGUUCUUAAACUUAUUGACUGCAAGGAUGACUAGUCAUGACGAUGAACCGGCUGAGUUUCAAAUAGAUGAUACAUAUUCAGUACCUGGUGUCGGUACUGUAGUUUCUGGGACAACUUUGAAAGGUGUUAUAAAAUUAAAUGAUACCUUAUUACUGGGACCUGAUCCUUUGGGCCGCUUCAUUCCAAUCGCGGUAAAGAGUAUACAUAGAAAGCGAAUGCCUGUUCGCGAAGUUAGAGGUGGUCAAACUGCUAGUUUUGCAUUAAAAAAGAUUAAGAGAUCACAAAUUAGAAAAGGUAUGGUGAUGGUCGCGCCUGCGUUAAACCCACAAGCUUGUUGGGAAUUUGAAGGAGAAAUUCUUGUACUACAUCAUCCUACAACAAUAAGUUCUUGCUAUCAAGCGAUGGUACAUUGUGGAAGUAUAAGGCAAACAGCAUCUAUAAUUUCAAUGUCACAAGAUUGUUUAAGAACUGGUGAUAAGGCUUUAGUUCGUUUUAGAUUUAUAAAGCAUCCUGAAUAUAUAAAACCAGGACAGAGAAUGGUAUUUAGAGAAGGACGUACUAAAGCAGUAGGCAAUGUUGUAAAACUUAUUCCAUAUUCUAAUACUACCGUUACGCAGGCAUAUAGAACAAAUAAACCGAAUAAAGCGUCUCAGAAUCGACAGAAUUCUUCAUCUACGAUUCAAACAUUAGAUACGACAGAAACAAAUUCUUCGUUUGAAGGACAGACAUCGAAGCAAGAAAAUUUAAUUCAAAAACCUGCUAAAAGUCAGAAUAAAAAAAGCAGAGGGCGAAGAGGAGGACGAUCUCAUAAUACUGCAAACAGUAUUAUCCAACCUCUUUCAGAACAGAAUCCUCCAACAAAAUUAUAAGUAAUCUUUAUGUACAAAAUCCUUAUAACGUGUAUAUACGUACACAUAUUUCACAGGUAUAAAUUGUUUUAAAAUUCUCGGAAAUUAAUGAUACUAAUUUUUAAACGAUCUUUACUAAUAUUUCUUAAAAGAUUUCAAGGUAGAUUUUAAAAUUUAAACAUUUCCAAACAUCUUUAAUUAAUUUCCGAGAUUUCUAAAACACUGUUUACAUUAAUUCAUGUAUUAUUUUAGUAAUUAUUUAUAUUAAAACGUGUAUAAAAUUGAAAGUUUUAUCUCAUUAUGGGGUCGCGUACAUACAGUUAAGAAAUGUGAUUUCUAUCUUAUUAUGUAGAAAAAAAAACCUGAACUAUUAUCUAUAACGCACAUUGUGCUUUGAACCCUAUUAGAGUACAAAUUGUCUUUCACACUUUGACUAAAUUACUAAAAAUUUAAAGAUGUUUUUGAAACGUAUCAAGAAACAUACGUUAUAUUAUUCAUAAAGUGUUUUAUUUUUAUAAGCAGGAGUGUAUCUUAAUAAAAU